GAGCGCUGCGUGAAGGUCCACUGUGCAGUUGCCGUUGUUGCGGCUGCUAACGACUUCCUUUGGUUCAGCCUUCCCCACUCAGUCCCGCAGGCUUCUCGGAGUGUGGAACAGAGUCCCGAGGGUCGAGUCCCCAGCGCCAGUGUACCAGCGUCUCUCUGGUCCAGAGUUCCUGCUUCGGGCUCUUUGGACCCUCCUGGUGUCCUAGACUGCACCGGGGAGAGCGGCAGCGGCGCCAGGGUAUGGCUUCGGCGGGCAGCGGCAUGGAAGAGGUGCGCGUGUCGGUGCUGACCCCGCUCAAGCUGGUCGGGCUCGUGUGCAUCUUUCUGGCGCUGUGUCUGGACCUGGGAGCUGUACUGAGCCCAGCCUGGGUCACGGCGGACCACCAGUACUACCUGUCCCUAUGGGAGUCCUGCCGGAAGCCCGCCAACCUGGACAUCUGGCACUGCGAGUCCACGCUCGGCAGCGAUUGGCAGAUUGCUACUCUGGCUUUACUCCUGGGCGGUGCUGCCAUCAUUCUCAUUGCAUUCCUGGUGGGCUUGAUUUCGAUCUGCGUGGGAUCUCGAAGGCGUUUCUACAGACCUGUUGCUGUUAUGCUUUUUGCAGCAGUUGUUCUGCAGGUCUGCAGCCUGGUUCUUUACCCAAUCAAGUUUAUUGAGACUGUGAGCUUGAAAGUUUACCACGAGUUCAACUGGGGCUAUGGCCUGGCUUGGGGGGCAACUAUAUUUUCAUUUGGGGGUGCCAUCCUUUAUUGCCUGAACCCUAAAAACUAUGAAGACUACUACUAAACCAAGUCUCAGCACACACACACACACAUACACACACACACACACACACACACACACACACACACCACAAAGAGAGAAACUGACCAACAAAAACGAUUUAUGUCAUCAUCUUUUUUAACAAUAUUUUCUAAAACACUCAUGGAGCAUUAAGCAGUUUGCACAGUUGAUUUAAUAUCCUUUCCCUUUUGGCUGUCAACAUCAUAACCAGCUUUUAUAUCCAUUUUAGAGAACUGCACAAAUUAAGAGAGCUGAUUAGAUGUAGGCACAUGCUGCAAACUACCAAUAUGCUCAUGCCAUUUUUCUUGACAAGUGAAGGGUUUGUAUGACAGCAACCAUUGUGAGAAGCUAGAUGGAAGGAAAAUUGCCAUAGUCUCUUAUUGCCUGCAGGGGAGCAUCUGGCAUAAGCAACAUUUAAAAGUUGCUUUGUUCUGACAAAGAGUCUACUGUUGGAGCCCCUAUCACCUGUUUAUAAUGCACAGUGACUACAUUGGCUAUUGGUUACUUGCUUGAGUGAGAUUUUAAAAGCAAAACUGUUUUGAGCAUCAUAUGAUAGUCAGAUAAUUCUAUGUUUAAGCAUGUUCUUCUUAAUGGCAAGUUAUAGUUACACAGUAAGGAGGCCAAAGUUUGGAGACAUGCAUUUUUAAUUAUGCAGACAGGAAAUUGUGCCUCAGCCUCCUCUAAAAUGAGGCAAAAUGAGAGUAUCUGCUUUCCCCGGGGGCAAUCAGAAAGAAAUGUACAUGAGUUGCUUUUGUACCCUUUAAAUUAUUCACCAAAAUUUGCAGCAAACAAUUGUGCAUAUGUAACAAGCUUAUUUUUCUAGACUGUGCGCCAUUAGUAUAAAUGUUAAUAAGCUGUUCAUUAUUCCUCCACAUACAUACCUAUCAUGCAUAUAAUCAAUACUUGCUCUAGUGAAGUCAUUUGAACACUAACUUUGUGUGCAUUAAGAAGCUUAGAUCAACAUUCAAAAGUUCAUAUACCUUAAAGCUUUGCUCUAUGUUCUCUACUGAAUCACUGGAAAGUGUUAUAAUUGCCUAAGAAGCAAAAUUGAAAUGCUGUUAAUCUGAAAUUUAAUGAUUGUUUCAUAAAGCACUGCAGUUCAAAAGAAAGUAGGAAUUAGGAUGAUCACUUUGUAUAAAAUUCAUUAAAAUACAAGGCUGCUAUUUUUGCAAGUAUUUUAAAUGUCUUCAUUUUAAAGAAAGCAAUAGUGAUAGAGUUAUAUAAAUGUCUAAGUGUAUCAGUAGGUGAGUUGAAUUUAUUUGGUUGUCACCUGGUCCUCUGAAGUUAACUGAUGAGCUAACUGAUUUGUGCACACAAGUAUGAUGAAUUUAUGUUAGGGAAAUCAUUCACUGACUGUUCCAAGGGAAGGAAAUAUUAACAAUAGGAGAAAGUUUGCAAUUAAUUUCCUACUGCAAACUUUGUUCAUUUUGUUUAUUAUACAAAUCUGGAUAAUUUAAGUAUAAACCUAUUUUUAUAUAAAAUAUACAAUUCUGAUAUUAAAGUUAUAAAUGAUUAUUUUUGUUAAUGAAGACACUAAAACAAGUAUGCUCUCAUGUGACCCUCUUGAAGAAAGAAACAUUGGGGAAAAAAAAACUUUAAAAUGUACCUAUUUGCUAAAAUAUAAUCCAAUCAGAGCAGGACCAUGUCAAGAGUAUUUAAUAAUUUGUUUUACCUCACAGAGCAGACUUCUGCUUUCAGCUUAAGAAUGGUUGCCAAAAACAUUUCCCUGCCCCCAAAGGAUUUUACUGAAAUGCCAAAACCAAUUGUGAAUUUUCUUUGGAAUCACAAAGUAAUUAUGAAUACAUAACUCAUUCUGGUUUUAGUAGUGAUAAACAAAAGUUAUUAAAUUUAUCUUACAGGUAAAACUUUAUGAAAGUAUAUAAUUUUAUCAAGAAUUGUAGGAAACUGAAUGGAAAAUCUCCAGAAGAGUAUUAGUAUUGUAGAAUAUUUUGAGAUAGCUUUCUUAAAAUCAUAAAAUCUGGUGUGGACUCUCUUAUAAAGUUCUUUGCAUAUUGUCAGAACAGAAUGAGGAAUGUGAUAUUUGGAUAGGGAUUUCAGUUACUGCUCACAGUCUCUUGUGAGAUGAUCUCCUUAUUCUUGAAUUAUGGAAGAUCAGUACUGUGGUCCUCGCAUCAAUGAGGCUUGUUGGAGGCUACAGUGUGCAGGUGGACCAGUAUCAUAUCUAGAGUGUCAUUCUCUGUCCACCUGACAAUCCAAAAGGUGACAGACUAUGUUACAGGUUGAAGCACACAAAUUUGUAGUCUAUUGAGAAGUAGAUUCCUUCUGUAAUUGUAAUGAACCCUAUAUCGUAUUUUUACCACCACUAAUAUUUGGAACUUUUACAUUGCUAACAAAACUUAGCAGAAAAUUGUUGUUCCUCAUCCAAAGCAGUAUUGUGUCUAUCAGAAUAAAUACAAGUGUCUAUUUAAGCUAUACUAGCCUCAUGUCUUUGUAGCUUUAGGUUAGUUUGGUAUUUUCUUAAGCAGAAUUGUUAAUCAUGAACCCAUGGUUUAUCUUAGAGAGUUAAUAUACAUAGAGAGAUAUCAUAAAAGUACUCAGCAGGGCUAGUUAUUCAGAUUUCUUGCACAAGUAUUUAGCUUUUUGUAAGGUAAACAUGUAAAUUUUAAAGACAAAUAUAGAGAGACUUAUGUGUUUGAAAUAUAAAUGUUAUAUAUGGAUUAGCAUGUACCUGUAUAUUAUUAAACAUGCAGUGAACUGACUGGUAAGUGAUUGUCUAAUUGUAUGGCUAGCAAUGUAAUUUAUUCAGACUGUAUUUUUGUACAGAGCAGCGCACACUAACCUAUGCCUCUGUGUCCUCCUUAAUGCCUAAAACUGUGCCUAGAAAUUUCAUCUGUCUUAAAGGAAAUAAAAUGUAUCCCAUUCUGUUUCUGAUAUUAGUUUCUCUCUUACUAUUCUGUAUUUAUUAUUUUUAAAUAUCUGACAUGAGUACUACAUAAAUAUGAAUUUAUGGUAUUCUGUUUUUUUUUCUUAACAGUCAUCUUGUGAAACCGUUAUUUCAUUCCAGUGAUUCUUGUGUGUGUAGUCCCAUGAUCAGUUCUUCAUUUCAUGAUUUUUGUAGUUGACCUGAAAUUAUCUAUGUGAAAGAAAUAAAAAUAAAAGUGGAUUCACUGAUAA